AUGUAUAUUUGGUGGAUAUUUUUAUUACUUACAUAUAAAGCUGUCGCUGAGCAACAAGAAUCUGACUCAACAAACAAUGGUGGCAUUUUUCAGGUGGAAAUGGGAACGAAAAACAUCGGUCGAAUCAAGUAUCAAGAUGGUGAAGUGGUGAUUGCACAAAAUCAACAGAAGCAAACUGAUUUUUUCUUUACCCCGUUUCCAUAUCUUCGACCUGAAGAAACACAAUGUUAUGAAAAUGUGUUUAGUGAUCGGGCAGAACUCGGUCUUCAAGUCGAACUUUAUACACCACAACUUAUCCGAGCCGUCAAAGACUAUCUUUACAAGUAUCAGCUAUCUUUAUGUGGGAACACGACGUCUUUAUCUAUGUGCGAUGUUUCUCUCUUACCGAUGCAUUCGAUUCGACUUGUUCAAAAAGAUGCACGUCCAGAUAACAUUCAUCAGAAAUAUAUACUUGUAGAAAGUUGGCAUUCAGCUACCCUUCUUCUUCAAUCAAUGGAAUUUAUUAUGUAUACAUCGAACAUAACUGUUUGUGAACAAUUACGCAAGGCUCUCACAGAGAAGUGUCGGUUACCAAACUUUGAAGUUCAAUAUUCACUCCAUGGCCAGCACUCAACACAACGACAAUUGGAAGUGAACACGGAACAUGUAACAAGUACCAAUAUGUACAAUCAGAUUCGUGCUCAGUUUCCAUCGGCUGAAACGGUGGUCCUCACUGGAAACGAUUUCAAGGAACUUCUCAGUGAAGCUAUAGAUCGUAUCACGAUGACAUUGCGUGUACAAGAGGGAUUCGAAAAUCUCCAAGAUCCAAUGGCCAUCGAUAAACUUCUCGAACAUCAGCUAUCUAAUCAACAAGUAUGUGACAGUUAA